UUCGUUCAUAGCUAGGUGCGAAUAGUCCGCAUAACAUGAAUUCUUCAGUACUCCGCAUGUCCCUGUCGGUACCUACUUAUUAUUAUUAGUGGUACACAGUGGCAAGUAAAGACACGCUGUUAUCUUUAAUCAUUAGCGAGAAGGCUGAUAAAUUCACAGUAGCCGAACCACCAGAUCAUUGAAUAAAGGGAACACCUCUCCUCUUCUUGCUUAUACAAAUCAAAUCCAACUCUCUCUCUCUCUCUUUCUUUAGCACGACCAAUAUUAAGACGUAAGUUUCAAAUCAUUUGGUGACUCCAAUUCUCAGCAAUUCCAUUCAAAUUGCACACUUUUGCACUUUCCCAUUGAAAUUUCCAUUAACACUUUGACUUAUAGGUCCGUGGACAGAAAUACCUUCAACAUGCGUUAUAUCCAGUGUGUUGCAUUAGCUUUUGCAUCAGCUGCAAUUGCUUCGGCUUCUGAUGUAACUUCUCUCACCAAGGAGACAUUCCCAGAUUUCGUCAAGGAGAAUGAUUUGGCCCUUUUAGAGUGUUAGUUUUCCGACGCAACGCAUUUACCUCUUGUGAACUACCAACUAACCUUUCAUCCUAUAGUUUUCGCACCUUGGUGUGGUCACUGCAAAGCAUUGGCACCUGAGUAUGAAGAAGCUGCUACAACAUUGAAGGAGAAGAAGAUCGCCUUGGCCAAGGUUGAUUGCACAGAAGAGGCCGACCUUUGCCAAUCCUACGGCGUCGAGGGUUACCCAACUCUCAAGGUCUUCCGUGGCCCAGACAAUGUCUCCCCAUAUUCUGGUGCAAGAAAAGCUCCAGCGUAAGCAGAUGCAUUGCCACUCAGGAAUCUUUCAUAGCUAACAAUCAUUUUAGGAUCGUCUCAUAUAUGACCAAACAAUCCCUCCCGGCCGUCUCAGUCUUAACCAAGGACACAUUGGAAGAUUUCAAGACUGCCGACAAGGUGGUUUUAGUUGCAUAUUUCGAUGCUGAAGACAAGGCCUCAAAUGCUACCUUUGACACUGUCGCAGAGAAGCUCCGUGACGAUUAUCUAUUCGGUGCCAGCAAUGAUGCAGCUUUGGCAAAGGCUGAGGGUGUUAGCUUCCCAUCCAUCGUUCUUUACAAGUCGUUCGAUGAGGGCAAGGCUAUUUACCCAGAUGCUUUUGAGGUCGAGGUCAUCGAGAAGUUCGCCAAGACUGCAUCAAUCCCAUUGAUUGGUGAAGUUGGCCCAGAAACCUACGCCGGAUAUAUGGCUACUGGACUUCCAUUGGCAUACAUUUUCGCCGAGACUCCAGAGGAGAGAACUGCCCUCGCCGAGGCUCUUAAGCCAAUUGCUGAAAAGCACCGUGGCGCAAUCAGCUUUGCAACCAUCGACGCAAAGGCUUUCGGAGCUCACGCUGGUAACUUGAACCUCGAGGCUGAUAAGUUCCCUGCUUUUGCUAUCCAAAAUACUGUCGACAACAAGAAAUAUCCUUUCGACCAAAAGAACGAGGUCACUGAAGCUACCAUCAGCAAGUUCGUCCAACAAUACUUUGACGGAAAAGUUGAGCCAAGUAUCAAGUCUGAGCCAAUCCCAGAGACGCAAGAAGGUCCAGUUCAAAUUGUUGUAGCUCACAACUACGAUGACAUCGUUUUGGAUGAUAAGAAAGAUGUUCUGAUUGAGUUCUACGCUCCAUGGUGUGGACACUGCAAGGCUCUUGCACCAAAAUACGAUAUCCUCGCUGGUCUUUACGCGGAUGCUGGUCACACUGACAAGGUUACCAUCGCUAAGGUUGAUGCUACUCUCAACGAUGUUCCAGAUGAGAUUCAAGGUUUCCCAACCAUCAAGUUGUACAAGGCUGGAGACAAGAAGAACCCAGUCACCUACAAUGGCAGCCGUAGCAUCGAGGAUUUGAUUAAGUUUGUUAAGGAGAACGGCAAACAUGAGGUUGAAGUUACCUAUGACGAGACCGCCCCAGAGGCUGAGAAGCCUGUUGCUGAGUCUUUGGCCAAGCAAGCAGAGGCAGCUACUGAAUCAGCAAAGAGCGCUGCUAAGGAGGCUAAGGAGACCGUCUCUAGCAAGGUCGCUGAGGCCACUGAGGCCGCAGCUGCUGAGGAGCACGACGAGUUGUGAUUUAUUUUCAAAAGAAAAUUGGGGUUUCAUCUGUAUUGUCUAUCGGGGUUGCCUCUCCUGAGAUUGUUAAACUCAAUAAUAUCCAAGCGAAAUGAGAAAUAUUUUAUUUA